UUAAGCACACAUCAAGUCUUAGUGCUUAGUGAUCUAGUGUUCUAAUCUUAGACAUUACAAAAUGUUCGCAAAGGCUAUUGUUGCGUGCGCCUUCUUAGUGGUAGCCCAGGGAGGGCUCAUUGCGAGUCCUCAUGGGGCUAUUUCAUCUCAGAGCAUAGUUCUCGGCCACCCGGCUCCUGCCAUUGCCACACAUGCCGUUGGCCCUGCAUACGCUGCACCUGCGUUAGCCGCAACCGCAUAUGGAUUUGGACUAGGUCACGGUACUAUCCUUUCUCACGGCUCCGUGUUGCAUGCGCCAGUCGCCCAUGCCGUUGCCCCUGUUGAUGUAUAUGCCCACCCCAAAUACCAAUUCAACUACGGUGUUACUGACGGCCACACCGGCGACCAGAAGAGCCAAUGGGAAGCCCGUGAUGGAGACGUUGUAAAGGGCCAGUACUCUCUUGUUGAACCUGAUGGCACCAUCCGUACCGUCAACUACUCUGCCGAUGACCACAAUGGUUUCAAUGCUGUUGUCAGCAAACAUGGCCACGCAGCGCAUCCCGCCCCCGUUGCGCACGCACCAAUUGCUGUAGCCGCUCCCUACGGCCACGGUGCUCUCCUCCACGGCUAAAUUACCUAAAACUGACUUAUUUAUUUCCUAAGUUUACUUAGAGUAAGACAGAAUACGAUAAUGUAACUUGAACGCUUCGUGGUAACGGUACAACGGAUGGUCUGCUUAAAGGCACAGCGUUUCAUAAGGUGUAUUCGAGAUGGGACGACGGCCCAAGACUUUACAAUCAGUACCUCCUAUUAAGGUGCUAACUUUUGUAAUAUAAUUUCUUUUAGUUUGUAAGUCUUAUACCGUUUUCAAAUUUAGUUAAGAAUAUACAUUUUAUGAAACGUUAGAAAUUGCCUAAGGGGUGCUUGGAGAAGGCUCCAGUUUUGCUUAUGUGUAAUAUACCUUUUCUCAUAUA